CAUACUACAGAAAUAAAAUGAAAUGAAAUGUGUGUGCAUUCUCCCUCUCUGGGUUAGGAUUCUUCUUUUUUCUUGAUUUCCUUUCUUUGGGGGUGAGAUGCCAGCAUGAAAACUCAGCAUGGAAAGCAAGUUGAGGAAGGAAAGAGUUAAUUGCUUUUAAGGCCCUGCAAUAGAGAAUUAUGGUUUAAAAGAUAGAGGCUGGACAGCUGGCUUUGCUGGGGUAUUUUUAAAUGCAUUAAUGCAGGCUCCAAUCACUCGGCCAUGCUUGACCUAUUUUUGGCUCAGGCCGACCAUUGUUCUAUUUCUGUGCCUGUGGGCCAUGCUGUUGUUGAUUCAUAUGCAAAUGGAUUAUCACUAGCUUUAGCCAACUUGAGCUGAGAGAGACUGAGACAGGGAAGGGAGAGAGGCACAGACAGAUCGUAGGACACCCUCUGGAGCCACUUGCAGGAUGAGGAUCUCUCCUUGAAACCCUAGAAGUCCAGGGAGCUAGAUGCCAGGUUUAAUUGUUUUCUUUCUUUCUGCCCUCCAUGGGUAGAGUUAAUAUUUUUCUACUUAUUCUUACAAAGAAAUAACCCCGAAGCACAUUCCUGUUGCCCACCUGCUUUUAGUUUCCAGGAUAACCUAAAACUCCAGCGAGCUACAGCAUCCACUCUGCUCCUUCUGCUUUGCACACAGAUGGAGUGGCCGGACGGGAGCAGCUCUUGGCUCAGCAAAGAAUGCACAGUAUGAUCAGCUCAGUGGAUGUGAAAUCAGAGGUUCCUAUGGGCCUGGAGCCCAUCUCACCGUUAGACCUCAGGACAGACCUCAGGAUGAUGAUGCCCGUGGUGGAUCCUGUCGUCCGUGAGAAGCAACUGCAGCAAGAGCUGCUUCUCAUCCAACAGCAGCAACAGAUCCAGAAGCAGCUCCUAAUAGCAGAGUUUCAGAAGCAGCACGAGAAUCUGACACGGCAGCACCAGGCGCAGCUUCAGGAGCACAUCAAGUUGCAACAGGAACUUCUAGCCAUAAAACAACAGCAAGAACUCCUAGAAAAGGAGCAGAAACUGGAGCAGCAGAGGCAAGAACAGGAAGUAGAGAGGCAUCGCAGAGAGCAGCAGCUUCCUCCUCUCAGAGGCAAAGAUAGAGGACGAGAAAGGGCAGUGGCAAGCACAGAGGUAAAGCAGAAGCUUCAAGAAUUCCUGUUGAGUAAAUCAGCAACAAAAGACACUCCAACCAAUGGAAAGAAUCAUUCCGUGAGCCGCCAUCCCAAGCUCUGGUACACGGCUGCCCACCACACAUCACUGGAUCAAAGCUCUCCACCUCUUAGUGGAACAUCUCCAUCUUACAAGUACACAUUACCAGGAGCCCAGGAUGCCAAGGACGAUUUCCCCUUGAGAAAAACUGCCUCAGAGCCCAACCUGAAGGUGCGGUCCAGGUUAAAACAGAAAGUGGCAGAGAGGAGAAGCAGCCCCUUACUCAGGCGGAAGGAUGGAAAUAUUGUCACUUCAUUCAAGAAGCGAGUGUUUGAGGUGACAGAAUCCUCAGUCAGUAGCAGCUCUCCAGGGUCCGGUCCCAGUUCGCCAAACAAUGGGCCCACUGGAAGUGUUACCGAAAAUGAGGCUUCAGGUUUGCCUCCCACACCUCACCCUGAGCAACUGGUUCCACAGCAGCGCAUUCUAAUUCACGAAGAUUCCAUGAACCUGCUAAGUCUCUACACCUCCCCCUCCCUGCCUAAUAUCACUCUGGGACUUCCCGCAGUGCCGUCCCCACUCAGUGCUUCCAAUUCACUCAAAGAAAAGCAGAAGUCUGAGACACAGAUGCUUAGGCAAGGCGUUCCUCUGCCUGGCCAGUAUGGCAGUGGCCUUGCAGCGUCCUCCAGCCACGCUCACGCAGCCAUGGAAGGGAAGCACGGCAGCAGCCACCAAGCGCUCCUGCAGCACCUGCUGCUGAAGGAACAGAUGAGGCAGCAAAAGCUCCUUGUGGCUGGUGGAGUUCCCUUGCACCCUCAGUCUCCUUUGGCGACAAAAGAAAGAAUUUCACCAGGUGUUAGAGGUACCCACAAAUUACCCCGUCACCGACCCCUGAACCGAACCCAGUCCGCACCGUUGCCUCAGAGCACGCUGGCUCAGCUGGUCAUUCAGCAGCAACACCAGCAGUUCCUGGAGAAGCAGAAACAAUACCAGCAGCAGAUCCACAUGAACAAACUGCUUUCGAAAUCUAUUGAACAACUGAAGCAACCAGGCAGCCACCUGGAGGAAGCAGAGGAGGAGCUGCAAGGGGACCAGUCCAUGGAAGACAGAGCAACCUCUAGCGACAUCAGCACUCGGAGCAGCAGCAGUGCUUGUGUGGAUGACACACUGGGACACGUUGGGGCUGUGAAGGUCAAAGAGGAACCAGUGGACAGCGAUGAAGAUGCUCAGAUUCAGGAAAUGGAAUGUGGGGAGCAGGCUGCUUUUAUGCAACAGCCUUCCUUGCUGGAGUCCUCACACGCACAUGGACUUUCAGCGCACCAGGCUCAGCUGGCUGGCAUCGAUGGGUUAGAGAAGCAUGGACUCCUCUCCAGGACCCACUCUUCCCCUGCAGCUUCCAUGUUACCGCACCCAACAGCAGACCGUCCCCGACAGCCUGCCUCUUCCACUGGAAUUGCCUAUGACCCCCUGAUGCUGAAACACCAGUGCAUCUGUGGCAAUUCUACCACCCACCCUGAGCACGCUGGGCGGAUACAGAGCAUCUGGUCACGGCUACAAGAAACCGGGCUGCUAAAUAAAUGUGAGAGAAUUCAAGGUCGAAAAGCCAGCCUGGAGGAAAUACAGCUUGUUCAUUCUGAACAUCACUCACUGUUGUAUGGCACCAGCCCCCUGGACGGGCAGAAGCUGGACUCCAGGACACUCCUAGGUGAUGAUUCUCGAAAGUUCUUUUCCUCAUUGCCUUGUGGUGGACUUGGGGUGGACAGUGACACCGUUUGGAAUGAGCUGCACUCGUCCGGUGCUGCACGCAUGGCUGUUGGCUGUGUCAUUGAGCUGGCUUCCAAAGUGGCCUCAGGAGAGCUGAAGAAUGGGUUUGCUGUUGUGAGGCCCCCAGGCCAUCAUGCUGAAGAAUCUGCAGCCAUGGGGUUCUGCUUUUUUAAUUCAGUUGCAAUUACCGCCAGAUACUUGAGAGACCAACUAAAUAUAAGCAAGAUAUUGAUUGUAGAUCUGGAUGUUCACCAUGGAAACGGUACACAGCAGGCCUUUUAUGCUGACCCCAGCGUCCUGUACAUUUCACUCCAUCGCUAUGAUGAAGGGAACUUUUUCCCCGGCAGCGGAGCCCCGAAUGAGGUUGGAAUAGGCCUGGGAGAAGGCUACAACAUAAACAUUGCCUGGACAGGUGGCCUUGACCCCCCUAUGGGAGAUGCUGAGUACCUCGAAGCCUUCAGGACUGUCGUGAUGCCUGUGGCCAAAGAAUUUGAUCCAGACAUGGUCCUGGUUUCUGCUGGAUUUGAUGCAUUGGAAGGCCACACCCCUCCCCUAGGGGGUUACAAAGUGACAGCAAAAUGCUUUGGUCAUUUGACGAAGCAGCUGAUGACAUUGGCUGAUGGACGCGUAGCAUUGGCUCUAGAAGGAGGACAUGAUCUGACAGCCAUCUGUGAUGCGUCUGAAGCCUGCAUAAAUGCCCUUCUAGGAAAUGAGCUGGGCCCUCUUGAGGAAGAUGUCCUCCACCAGAUCCCAAACACGAAUGCUGCUGCUUCUUUACAGAGGAUCACUGAAAUCCAAAGCAAGUACUGGAAGUCGAUCAAGGUGGUGGCUUUUACGAGGGGCUGUACUCUGCCUGGUUCUCAACUGCAAGAGGAGUCAGAGACCGUUUCUGCACUAGCCUCUCUGACAGUAGAUGUGGAACAGCCAUUUGCUCAGGAAGAUGGCAGAACGGCUGGUGAGCCCAUGGAAGAGGACCCAGCCCUGUGAAGUGCCAAGUCUCCCCUGAUAUUUCCUGUGUGUGACAUCAUUGUGUAUCCCCCCCAACCCCAGCACCCUCAGCCAUGUCUGCUGCCUGGGUGGCACGGUUUGAUGGAACAUAAACACUGGGCACAGAAUUCUGAACAGCAGCUUCACUUCUUCUUUGGAUGGACUUGAAAGGGUAUUACAGAUUCCUGAAAUGUAACCACUGUGAUUCUAAAGUUACAGUAACCAGGAUUGGAAGAAUCUGCGUCCAGCAUGCUUUUAUGCUGGUGACCCACUCGCAGGCAGACACGGUGUGAGCUAGAAAUCUUCAAUACAGUGCUAGGUACUGUCCAUUUCAGAAGCUGUGACAGCCAGUGAAAUUCGAGGCAGAACCUGAGACAUAUUCAUUCCUGACAUUAUGAUCAGUGUUUUAUUGUGUAGUUUACUGUCAAGUAGACUUAAAUUGUUUACAGGGUUUCUUUCCAGCUAUGAGUGGAUGGGAAUUACAGACAGAUUUCUGUGGGUUUGAGGGAUUUUUUUCUUUUGUUUUGUUUUGGGUUUUUUUCUCUUUCUUUUCUUUCUUUCUUUCUUUUUUUUUGUUUUUGUUUUUGUCUUUGUUCUAACAUACUUCCAUCCUUUCUGGUAAGAGUUCAAGAUGGAGCUGGGAUGAGGCUUUGUUCUAGUGGAAAAAAAUCACAAUGGAUCUGACAGUCCAAAGGAACUUGCACACUGUGCCUACAGUGUGCAGUGGGGCACCUUGUUGGAAUUUUACAUCUGUUUCAAGUUCUCACAGGAUAGGGACUUGCAGUUUUGUCUGGGAGUGAAGUCUCUCCACCCCCAUGCAACUCCAUCUUGAGGACAGUGGCUCUGGAGGUGCAUCCCUUGGGAUGUGCAGGCUGUGAAAAGCACACAACUUCUCAAGUACUGUAGUCUGCUCCUGAUCUACCUAGCACACCUUUUCUCAGCUUUCUUUCUUGGUCCCACUACUCCCUCCUUCUUUUAGAAAAAUUACAAACCUCCCUGAUACUCAGGGGAUUUUAGUAUUUGAUUUACAUUAUUUACUUUUCAGAUUCACCCACUUUUUGUUAUCUGAUUCUUCUGUGAAACUAUUUUAGUGCAUAUGGCUUAAGUGAUGCCACCAAGUUUUCCAGAUUGUAGAAAUACAUCAACAAAGAUGACAAUGAUCUGGAGUCCCUUUGCAUGGGGCUAACUAGGAGUCGUGCCUUCCCAUAGGAACUAACACAGCAUUUAACCUUUGCACAGGUAGUCUUUCUAGCAAAGGUUCAAAAUAAAGGACAAUUAUUUCUGAGAUUAAAAACAGCUUACUAAGUAAAAUAUAAGCAAGUUAGCUGCUGCCUCUGAAAACUGUGUUUCAAUGUGUAACUCCAACACCUAAAGACAGUGAGGUAAAAUACCUCACAUAUUUAGUAUCUGACAAUGCUUUUGAACAUUGAUGUUUCUUUUUAUAUAUUUUCCUAACUCAAAGGAUAUAUUAAAGCCAUAAGUGAAGAUUGUCAUGCUUUUAUUCAGAAAUCUGAAAGAGACCUUAAUUAAAACAAGGUUUUAGAGAAGGCCGAGAUAUGAAAGCCAUGGAACAAUGUGGUUUUAGUUAGGGAGGACUCCAACCUGUAAAUCAAAGAUGAAAGAUCUCACUCACGUAGAAUUACAUAACUCCCCUUUGUUAGACACUCAGACCACAUUUUUCAUGCACUUGGUUUUUUUUAGGAUUACCAUUUUAAUUUUAAAGACUUUUAUUAUAUAUACAAAAAUGGCUUGGUACUUGGUUUAACAUUUUAGAAAUUUGAGAUACCCUUUGAAAUAGGAAAUCUGAAAUUGAAUGUAACUCAGUAUUAGGUAAAAAUUACUUUCAUUGCAUAAGGGUUAAGUCAAUCUAGACUCAUAAUUGUAAUAAAUUUCUUUGUAAAUUCCAUUUUCUUGAUGUUUUAGAGAAAUUCAUGCCAAUUAUAUUUGCUAGCUCUUUUUUCUUUUCUUCCUCUCUUUUUUUGUAAUUGAGGAAAUUUACUUAAAGAAAACCAAAGGCUUAAAAGCUUACAAAAGACCUUCUCACUUUAAAAAGGGGGAAAGUUACCAUACUUCAAAAAGCUAUAUAGUUGUGAAGCUUUAAAAUCAACUUCAGAGUUACACUUCCCUAUCCUUGAGAAUAUAUAUUAGAUGCUGGCUAAUGAGACAAAACAAGGUCACACAAGUAUACCAAUUCACUGAUGUUCCUGCGAUAACAUGACCUCCUGAGGUGACUUGUCAGUCUGGUGAAGCCGAAUCACUAGGACAUCUCUGUGCAAUUUAGAUUUUUAAAAUACUUAUUGAAAGAGUUAAUCAUGCACUUCCUUUCCACCAUGUGACAGCACACCUAACUGAUUGCAAUGCAAAUUAUUAGAAUCUCAGGAAAGACAGAUAAACCCUGGUGGGGAAUGAUUGCAGCUGAGCUUAGUCGUGAAGAGCUGAGUGAUACUGCACCUGAUUACAUGCACCCUUAAAGAUGAAGUGUGGCCCCAAAGGGCAGAAAAUACCAACAUUUCUUCUGGAGCUGACCAGCACUUUUAAACAAGUAGUUCAACUGGUAUAGUUUUCUUCACCCACACAUUUAGUUUUUAUUGUUCCCAAUGGUCCCCAUUGACAAGCUAAUGGAAAAGCAUUAUGGCUCAUGGGUCUCAUUCUGACCCACCCUUUGAAAGAUGACUCCAUGAAUUCCCUCACAGUCUAACAACACACACACACACACACACACACACACACACACACACACACACACACACACACACACACGUUGAAAUAAAAUAAUGAUUUUUGAGAAAUAUAUGACUAAAAAUACUGAGUUUAAAUGACAGUAACAAAGAGAAAUGUUGUAAUCAAUUUUGUUUUCUACAUAAUUUCAUGUUUUAUUUUCAACUGAAUGAAGCAACCCUAAUAAGGAAUUGGCAAGUAUGAAUAUUAAUGGAAAUUUAGGCUUUGUUACUACUGACUAGCAAAUGGGGAAAAAUAUUGGAGGAGAAAUAUUUCUAAAUAUUUUAGUCUAGUUUAAAUUAUCCAUACUGGGGAGAGAGCUCAGAUUUUGGAGAUAAUAGAUGUAUUUGUCUAAAAACUCCCACAAAUGACAUUUCCAUCUACAGUCCUCGGAACAGAAAUGGCGCCUUCGGUGUCAACUGUGACCCAUUAGGCCCAUUUUCAUUCAUCUAACUGAAGACCCAGGAGCCUGGAAAACGGGCCAUUUCCUCCCACAAAGAUUUCAAAAAAUAUGGGACUAGCCUCUCCCAAUAGUUCAGACCUGUUUUAUUUCUAGAGGUCAAUCAUGAAGCUUUGUAAAUUUACUGAUAUCUUUACAGACUCCCUAGGGGAGUAACGGAGAAUGGUCCUGAGAGGCAGCUAGAAGAAAACUCUCCAUUCAGCACUUUUAAGCUUUUUUUUUAAAAAAAAAAUUAAUUUAUUUAUUUAAUUUUUUUUUUACUAUUUCUCUCUUCAAAAUUUUUUCUCUAUUUGUUUCAGUGGACACAAGUGUUGAAAUCUAAUCCCAAAAAGAAGCCAAAAUUUUCUCUCAUAAAAAUUAUUCAUUCUGAGCUUGGAAUUCUGUCAAGUGUGACAUUGUCUUUUCUAGUCUUAUCUGUCUUAACGUUCUGUUCCUGCUUUUGGAAAUGAAAUCAUGUGCUUGCUGAGAGAGAGAGAGAGAGAGAGAGAGAGAGAGAGAGAGAGAGAGAGAGAGAGAGAGAGGAGCACGAAUGACCUGUCUGCUGUACUACUUCCAAAAAGACGCCAUUUACCUCCAAAAGAAAUGAAAAACAGAUUAUCUGAGGCAGAGAACAAAGGCUUUCCGUUAUUUGCAAAGCUGGCCAUGGCUGUGGUCACACUCACCAUCAGCCCUUCUGUGUUCCUGUUAUAUACCAAGACCAUAGGAUUUCCAUUCUCCAGACCAGUCACAGUACAUAUACAUGCCACUUACAACAUCCCUACCAGCUCUUGUGAAAUAUAUAAAGGAAUGAGUGUGUCCAUUAUUAAUAAGUAUGUUGAGAGUAACUCCAUCAGACCCAUCUUAGACCAUUGAUCUAAGGCUAAUUGGACUUUAUCUCUAUGAUAAGGUAUUAGAGUGGUUAUAAUUUCUAAAACUGUCUUAAGUCUCAAACUAGAACAUUUAGAAAAUACAUAAUACACUGUACAGUGCCAGUAUUUCUAACCAAUUAUUUCCUUUCCCCCUUGCUUGCCUGCCAAUACAAAUUUGGCAUAUUUAAACAAUCAGAAUAAUUGUGAAUCCUCUCUACUCUAUGUUCCCUAAGCAGAGGCUACCCUGCAAGUUUCUCUUCUGAGAUCCCACUUGGCUUAUGUGCCUUCAUGCACUUUUUCUAAACCUAGUCUAUAAUCUUGAUUGUGUUUUUUUUUACUUAUUCCUUAUCUAGAGACACCCGACUUACCUAGCUUUACCCAAAAUGAUACCCAAGCUUGGGUUUAGUCUGUACCCGGGGCUUGCCACUUUAUUUUAUUAAUGCAGCACUUUAUUUUUGUGUCAAAUAUCUUCCACCAUUUUUGCUCCGAUCAACUGAGUGAUGUUCGUUGUCACACAGGGAAGAUUGUGCACACUCUCCAUGCCCUUUGGAAGACACACGAGACAAACCAAGAAGUACACAUGACCACCUGAAGUAAAAAUGGCAAAGGAGAACCUAAGGGAUUACAUAUUUUGGCAAUAAAAAAGCCUGACAUAUUAAAUAAGAAAUGGACUGCUUUUAAUUUUCCUAUUUGGUCCUUAAGCACAUUAGGGCACAUUACAGUGCCACAUGUAUAUGGUUAAUUGUCUUCAGGGAUACUGUGGCCAGGUCCUUUGCCCUUUCAAGAAGAUGGCACUUUGUAUCAAUGAUAAAGUCAUAUCUGGAUUGAGCUCUUUAUUAACUAACAUUUAGUAGAAAUGGAAUAACAAAAAUCACAAAAGAAUUGAAAGUUUUAUAAUCUGAAGAGAAUUCUGUGUGUAUGAAAAGGUUAUUUUUAGAAAGGAAAAAGUUCUUUAUCGCUUGCUAAGUUGUAAGAUUCUCAGACUCUUUUUGGAUGACUCUGUGCAGACCUCCCACGAGCUGGGUGAGAUGAAAUUGCCCUUUCAGUGAUGGCAGGGUUUAUCAAGUGUGCUGUCAAAAAUUGGUGACCUUUUUGUUGGCAAUCUGUGUCAUUCAAAACAAACAUCCUGAUAUUAUAACUCAAUUGGGUAUAUAUAUAUAUAUAAUUUAUUACUCUUUUUGGUUGAAUGCUAGACCAUGAUUAUUGGAGUGAGUGCAGAUACUGUGGACUUUCUGGUUCAUUCCUGUAAUGUGAAUGUGUCUUUUGUAUUGUGGUCUUGUAUCUGUUACUGUAAUAAGAUCAGUUGGUUGUCCUCUGUGACCAAGUAGUUUUGCCCUUAAUUUUUUGGCUUUCAUCAAAAUCUGUCACCCAGAACUGCAAAGAAAAGUAUACAUUGCCAAACAUGAAUUUGUUCUGCCAGUGAUGUGUUCCCAGAUGUGCAAGGUAAUACCUAAUAAAGGUGUCAUAGCUAAAAACAGCACCAUUGUUGAACAUGCUUUCCAAGUGUUCACCUUCUCUCUGCUUCUUAUUCUUUUGCAUUUGGAAACACAGUAUCAUGCCCCAAAGGAUUGUUGAUGUUGUUAGUGUUACUACUCCUUAAAAAGAAUAACGAUGCCCUUUUUGUCUUGUGUUUUUUACUGAUUAGAUUUUCCUGUAGCCCUAUGUGAAUAAAAGCUAUUUGAAAUAA